UGUGCAUACGUGCAGUAUAAAAGUUGAUUGCUAACAACAGCUGACGUUUUGACAGUGCCGAUUUGUGAACAAAGAAAAAGCAUAUUUACAUUAUCUUUUUAUCAAUUCCGUAUCAUUAUGGAGCCAUAAAAAUCGAAAUAACAAAUAGAUAAAGCAGUGUAUUUUUCUUUCUCAUUAGUUGUAAGUAAUAGAUGAGCGAAAGUGAAAAUGUCUCGAUCGGAUUUGAAGAAUUGGCCAAUUCUCAGUCUUUUAGAACCGGAAUACAUAGCCGAAUUGAAAAUGGUUAUGGUUUACGGUAAUUUGGGUAAUGAAGCCCUCUUAGUAUUAAAAGAUGGUAGCGUCCAUGCUGUUGGCAAUAAUGCAACUGGAUGCUUGGGAACGGGAGAUACGCACAGCACUUUGUAUCCUAGAAAAAUAGAUGUUCUAUCUCAGAAAGGAAUCAAGGCGUUUGCUUAUGGUAUCGGACCUCACGUACUCGCAUUGACCGAGAAGGGAGAGAUAUAUUCGUGGGGACACAAUGGUUUUUGUGAAUUAGGGAAUGGAUCUUCGAAUCAAGUUUCUACACCAGCCAAAAUAGAAACAAAUUUGGCAGAUAAAGUGGUGGUGGAAAUAGCUUGUGGUAGCCAUCAUUCUUUGGCCUUAACGAACGAGGGUGAGGUUUAUGCUUGGGGACAAAACUCCAGUGGACAAGUAGGAAGUGGAAUUAGUACGAACCAAAAUACACCUCGGAAGGUGAACUCAAGUUUGGCUGGAAAAAAAGUUGUAAAUAUUGCCUGCGGUCAAUCUUCAAGUAUGGCUGUUACGAAUUAUGGUGAAGUCUACGGUUGGGGCAACGACAGCGUUGGACAACUUGGCACAAGCAAAUACGUCAAUCAACCAAAUCCUCAUAAAGUUGGAGGCCUCUCAGGAAUAGUCAUAGAAAAAGUAGUUUGUGGUUAUUCCCACACUUUAGCCCUAAGCGACGAAGGUGAGCUGUUCGUCUGGGGUGGCAACGCUUAUGGUCAGUUGGGCCUUGGUACUAAAGUAAAUUCAUGUGUACCAGUGAAGUUGAAUGUACCGGAAAUGGGAAGAAUCUCAGACGUCGCAGCGGUUCAUUACAAUCAUAUAAGCGUGGCGAUCACGCACGAUGGUCAAGUUUUUAUGUGGGGACAAUGUCGAGGUCAGAGUGUCCCAACUCCAACACCAACGCCUUUUACGAACCUCCACGAGGCUCUAGCUUCAUACGCAACACCGAGUGUAAUGCACACACCUUUAAGACUGUACUCCGAAGAAGACACGAGCAUCCUCGACUGCCUGAAGCAAGCGUUCGACGAUCCAUCGAGCAGCGAUUUAAUCAUACAAGUCCAAGGGAAGCCGAUUCACGUUCACAAGGCAGUGUUGAAAAUACGAUGUCAAUACUUUAGAUCAAUGUUUCAAGAACACUGGACCGAAAACAAUCAAUCGCUCAUCCAGCAUGACGAUUUUUCGUACGAAGUUUACAAAUCUUUCUUAAGAUAUCUGUAUACCGACGAGGUCGAUUUGCCAGCGGAAAAUGCAUUGGAACUGCUGUAUCUGGCGAACGCGUAUUUCGAGCCACAAUUGAAGAGGCGAUGCGUGCAGAUAAUAAAACAGAGUAUUACGGUUCUCAAUGUGGCUUUUCUUUAUAGUACAGCAAUCGAAUACAAUUCUCAGUGGUCUUUCAGGAGCUCGAGAAUUUUUGCUUCAAAUUCGCUAUGAAUCACAUGACGAGCGUCAUACAGUCACCGAACUUCGCCAAGUUGGACGAAGCUACCGUUAAAACCUUCAUCAUCAAGGCAGCUCAAGCAGGAGCUUUUAAAACGUAAUGAAAAAGCUCUGAAGUGUUUAAAAACAGUUUCGAUAUUAAAAUCUUAACAUUAAGAUUUGUUCGAAAUUUACAGUAUUGAAUGAUAAAUAACGUUGAUUCACUGUCCAAAAAUCAACCGGUUUAAAAAACCGUUUUUUUUUCAUGAAUUUUUCAAAAAAGUGAUUCGAUAAUGACAGGAAGUUUGGUCAGCAAUUUUCUUCGCUCAUAGAAGUUGAGCUGUGGCUUUUGAGAGUUUUUUGCACGUUCAUUUCCGUAGUUCGUAGAGAAAUGGAAUUGCAAAAUCGAACGAAAACUUACGUCAAACUAAUGUUAAGUUAUGUGUAGAAAAAAAUCCCCGAGUACGGGAGCGAUCUCGAAAGUUUGCAUUUAACGAGUGAAUGCAGUCGCAUGAAAACGUGAUUCACAAAAAAUAUGAUCGAUCUAUCGUGAAAAUGGAAUUUUCUCGUAGGCGAGAUAAAUCAGUUGUUUUUUGGUCAGUGACUGCGUUAAAAAUCGAUUUUUUGAAGCUGUCAAUAGAAAACGAACAAAACGAUGUUCGUUUUAAUUUCAAAAUCUCUUAGUUACGAAUAACCGACUGACUUUCAGUUAACAACCAAAACCUGUGCAUUUCUCCAUGUUACAUAAUCUCCCGGAGAAGUGAAAAUUGAAACAUUUCGCGACUCGUAUUCCUCUUGCAUUUUAAUGGAAUCACACACGGUUUUUUUAAAUUUUUUUAUGUUAUCACGACACAAGUGUUUAGAAACGUGAAAAAUUGUUGUUAAGUUUUUCCUAGUGCAUGUCUCAUUAUUUUUGUCUUAUUUCAUGCACAUGGAGAACGAAAUUUUGAAAAUUUUCAUCCGAUCCGAGGAUUCGACGUCAUGUAAAUAUAAUUAAUAUCGAUUAGUAAUAUAUUUUCCCAACUGUAUUCUUCAGCGUCGAUGUAAAUUGCGAUUCCUACUCAAAGUUGGAAAAAAACGAAUACAAUAUGAAGCAUCACUGGAACUCGAAAAA